UUGAAGCACGCUAGCUCGCCCCAGAAACCAAACGCUGGCGAGUUGUCUAUCAUAUCGUAACUGUUCAUUCUUUUUUAUUUGUAAGUUACACAAAUAGUUUUAUUUACCUUUAUUAACUUAUUAAUUUUGCUAUAGUGAACAAAAACUUGUCUACUAGAGUGAGUGUAUUUAAAGUGUGUUAAGUUAGUAUAUAAUACUAAUGAUGGUGAUUCGAAAAUAUUUUUUCGGUUGUGUGAUUAUUUUUACGAUUAUUUUGUUCACGUUUUUUUAUGAUCUGAUGAACUAUUAUGAGGAAGUGACAGAUUUUCAGAAUUUAAAACAAUUAAAUAUUUCAUUAAAAUAUAUUCUAGUUUGGACAUCGCUUAAGACUGAUCCAAUUUUUAAUUUACGAGUAGCUAGAAACGCAUUCAUUGAGAGAUCAUGCCCGGUUACGAACUGUUUUGUGACGGGAAACAGGAAGUUGUUGCAAGACAUAACAGAGUUCGAUGCGAUAGUGUUUCAUGCUCCAGAAUUUGUACAAAAGGGUGUGAGGGAGUUACCUCAGCCACGUAAACCACACCAGAAAUAUAUAUUCGCAAGUAUGGAGUCCGCAGCAUAUUAUCCAAUCUGUAAUGAGAGAUUCCUGAACUUUUUCAAUUGGACAUGGACCUACAAAUUGAACUCUGAUCGAAACUAUGCUUACAUGUCUGUGUGGGAUAAGGAUGGUAAUGUGAUAGGACCUAAACAAGAAAUGCAUUGGAUGAAAGUGGAGGACAUGUUGCCAAUAAAUGACACGUUAAAGGAAAUAUUGAAUGGUAAGACAACGGCAGCUGCGUGGUUCGUAUCGAACUGUAAAGCACCAAGUGGGCGAGACUCGGUUGCCAAAAAGCUUCAAAAUGAACUACAGACGUAUGGUAUGCGAUUGGACAUAUAUGGUUAUUGUGGAACCAUGCAGUGUCCAAGAUCCAAUACGGAAGAGUGCUUGCGCAAAUUGCGGACUGAUUACUAUUUUUACUUGUCUUUUGAGAAUUCUUUCUCGGAAGACUACGUGACGGAGAAAUUGUUGAAUGCACUCGACAAUUACGCUGUACCUGUGGUGUUUGGUGGCGCGAAUUACACGAGAUUCAUGCCCGAUGGAAUAUAUUUGUCUGCAAACACAUUGACUAUAAAAGAACUGGCCAAGAAGAUGGUGGAUAUGAUACAGAACAAGGAGUUAUAUUACGAAUACUUCAAAUGGCAUAAUCAUUACAGUUACCGGGACGUAGUGGCUUCUGCAACCACGGAUCCUUACUGCAAAUUGUGCGAGGCAAUCAAUAAUGAAAAAGAAAUGUCAAAAACAACAAUUUACGAAGACAUUGGAAUGUGGUGGAGCCCCAAGAAAUGUCAAGUUAAAAACUAAUACAAUCCUUAAAUACAAAGUUAGGCUAACCUAUUUAAUAUUACUAAAUUAAUUUACUUAGGUAUUUUUUUAUUUUUCGCCAACGAAGUACAAGUAUAUGUAACUAUAUCUACCACACAAAAUAAUUGUUUAUAAAAUUUAUUUUUUUCCUAAAAAAAAAAUUAUUUCUAAACAUUCUUCACAUCAAAUCAACAGCCUAUAAGUACUGUUUAAAGGCCUCACACAGAGAAGAUGAGUAAUCACUGCUCUUGCUCAAGGCGGGUUGGAUUUUUUUUAUUAAUUAAAUAAAAAUGUAUCAAUCACA